GGGCGCGUCACGUGGCCGAGCAGCGUCCAGGGCGCCGAGCCGCGGGCCGCCAGGCAUGGACCGUCAGGCCGCCGGAGCCCGGGCGCUGGGGGCCGCCGAGCCGCCUCGGGGGGCGCCCCCCAGCCCGGGGGCCAGCUUUGCCCCUGCUGACCGCUCUGGGCAGGAGAGAGAGACUGAGAAGGCCAUGGAUCGGCUAGGCAAUGGAGCACAGAGUGUCCCUAAUGGUAGUCCUACCCACGAUGAGGGCACCCACUCGGAAGAGGAAGGCUUUGCUGUGGAUGAUGAGGAUUCUGAUGGGGACCUGAAUACCUGGGAGCUGUCAGAAGGGGUGUCCAACUGUCCGCCCAAGGAAUCGGCUGCUGAUAUUUUUAACGAGGACUGGGACUUGGAGUUGAAAGCAGAUCAAGGCAAUCCAUAUGAUGCCGAUGACAUCCAGGGUUGCAUCUCUCAAGAGGUCAAACCUUGGGUGUGCUGUGCCCCACAAGGAGACAUGAUCUAUGACCCUAGUUGGCACCAUCCACCUCCACUGAUACCCCAUUAUUCCAAGAUGGUCUUCGAAACAGGACAGUUUGAUGAUGCUGAAGAUUGAGUGUGCAGCUUCUGGCUUGGUGGGUGGGCAUGCCUUCCAAAUGAAGUUCUCUCUCUUUCAUGGAGGUGGAGGUCACAUUUGAUGACACAUUCCCAGCGAUCCCCAAGUCGAGCACACAGACUGGCAUUAGAUAAGGUCCCAAUGUCCUCCAGUUAUGCUGUUGUUGUUUUUAAUGAGCUUCUCCUUGGGACAUGUGAGUGUUUGUGUCUGUGUCAGGAGGAGUCGUGUUCUUUAUAAAUAAAGGUAGAAAAAAUUU